AUGGCGUCGUUCUUUACCUCGAAGCAGCAGCAGUGGAAACCAGUUCCCAAUGGAGGUUUGGGCGGAGUUGGAUACUCGGGUGAGGUCACAAUUCGCAGAGAAGGCGACAAUAUGUCGCCGACUUACAGACCGCAGCAGCGACGAGAACUGCCCCCAAUUCUGACUUCAAGUAGUAGUCGAGACAUGCCAAUGACGCCCUCUCAGUGGUCUGCAUUGUCAGCGUUAGGUUUCGACGGACCAUGGACGCCGAAUACAAACGAUGGCGUGUGGUCUGGUGUCUUUAUCGGUGAAGAGAAGAAAGUGAUGUCUUCACUGUUGGUGUCACGCUACAAUUCUGCCAUACCCUCAAAAUCACAUCACUCUCUUCCAGAAACACCGGGCAGUGUGAACUCAGAGUUGGAUUCGAACCCUGCCGAGCUGCCUGGAUCACUGCUGUUAGCAAGUCAAGGUUUCCCACAAUCAGAGCCGAUCACGCCGCCACCGUCACUUCGUCUCGUACGCCGAGACACUGAAGAGUCGAAUAUAAGUUCUGCGCCUACGCUAUCCACCUCGACUUCGAGCGAUGAUAUCGACAUGGAAGCUUUGCGCUCUUUGACGACGCCCUUAAGAAGGAACGACCGACCAGGUGAGAACGCGAUGCCGACCUACACUAUCAGCAACCGCAACCCUCACGAUGCGCACAUCUCCAAACCAUUUUCUGCGAUGGACAUCGAAGAACUGCUACAACAAUUGCCUCGCUGCAAUGCCUUGACGACAAACCAGCUCUGGCUGCCCGCCAUGCGGACCCAGAUCCAGAACAUGGCACAGCUGCUUCAUGAUGCUGGCGAGAUGAAGAUCGAGUCGAGCGUCAAUGAGGUUGUGUUAAACGAGGACUUAACUGCAUUCUCCGAUGACAUGCGUCGGAUCACCACAUCGUAUCGCAAAAUUGUGGAAUCCGCAGAGUCGCUUGCCGAGCGAGAUUCCAAAGUCUGCCAGGAGCGUCUUAGACUACUGGAAGACCAGGUUGAAGAUGCUUUAGAGAUGAUCGAAACAAAAGACAAGGCAGUCGAAGACCAAGGCAGGGACAUCCAUGCGCUCAAGCACACGAUCCUCGAGAUUGUUCGCAUCCUGGGUACCUUCAUUCAGAACAAUGUUGCCAGCUGGGCCGACACCAUCAACGAACCACGCAACCAAGAAGUCCUGCAACUGAUUUCCGACUACACUCGGCCUGGUGACAAUAAGUCGAUUCGAUACGUACGAAUCCCAGAUGCUGCCAUGUCAAAAUAUGUCAAAGACAUACAAGAUUCAAAAGCUCUCGUCAAACAAUAUCGUGAGGUCCUUCAUGGUCAGGUUACUAUGAUCAAGGAACAGUCCGAGAACCUAGAUGUCUACGCCGACAAAUACGAGGCCGCAUUGCGUGUUGGAAAGCAACGUGAUCAUGAGAUCGUACUUCUGGCGCAACAAAACGAAGAAUUAAAGAUGCAACUGGAGGACGCCAGGUCUACCCUAGCUCGAAACAAAGAAGCGAAUCUCGAUGCAGAAGCCAUGGCGCAGAGAUACGAAGAGUUGCGCAGCAAUAUGAACAGCCUGAAGAUCGCACAUGAACUGGAGGUUGAUCAGCGGGACGCAGAAAUUGCCAACCUACGCCAGAAACUGGGGAGUGCUCGUGAGGAAGUGUUUGCUAGGAGGGAGGAUGUGAGGAAUAUCAUCUCACAGACUCGAUCGAUGCUGCCGAACCCCACCAUCUCUGAACCGCCUGGCAAGAGUAGCCACGCCUCAAAGGCAUUGCGAUUCCUCGGCAUGGAGAAAGAUAAGUUCAAGAGAGGAGCACUACCUGUGAGCCGCAGCAUGAUGGCUUUUGCACCCCCCAACGUCGACAAUGGACCUUUAUCAGCGGACUCGAGAUUCUCUUCGAAGGAAUUGGCCCGUCCUAUUGGCAGACCAGCUCUUCACCAGGUUGCUUCUGAUGGACCGCAGGUGUACUCACAGACCACACCCAGCACACCGUUUGAAGAUGGUCGUGCUUCCAGUGCAACCACGUUACCCAUAGUGCGUCCGAGAUCCGAUUCUAUGAGCGCAAUGCAGCGUCAUGGGGCACCUUCACCGCCUGUUGAUACACAGAAGUCAUUGCCCGCACCCCCAGGACGACCACAGGCCCAGCGGCUAUCCACUGCUCAAAUUGCAGAGAUCACAGAAUCUAUCCAGAGCCCGACCGCAGCACAAGUCGCCACCGAUUACUUCAAGAACAGCAUUCUUGGUCAAACGGCUGCUCGCCGAGUGUUAAGCAAUAUCCCUGAGGGAGCAAGCCGGAUCCCCGCGGAGUCAAGCGCCAGAAACCUCGACGAAGUCUACGAGGACGGCGACAGUGUCGCUAGCAGUGAUCGGGAAGUCUUCAGAAGGAGCAUUUGCGCAUUAGACAUGCUGAAUUCAUCGACACUCCCUCACAGUGAGACAGAGACAGACAUGGAUAGAUAUGUACGUGGUGUAAGACGCAUGACAGGCGGAGCGCACCGCGAAUUGAACAACGAUUCAGAGCCGGAGACACAGACUGGCGUGGCACGUAUUCUUCACCUUCGACCCGGUACCAAUGACUUGAGGGGAGCAUUGAGGACCCAGGGACGUGACUUUGGACGGGAAGAGCGAGUCAGACAAAGCGUCGUGUCUGAUGGAUCUGGAUAUCAGACUUCGGACUCUGAACCCAUGUCCGUCACGCAGCUGUAUCACCAGGGUGGCCGGCAUAUCCGAGGCUGA